GCUUUUCUAAGUUUCAGUUCGAGUCCUGAGCUGUCCUUACACUGACACCUCUGAAUUUAAAUCAAAGCAAUGUUUCAACCGCUUUUUGUCAUGGUUUUGGUUUUUAUAGGUUUAUCUAAUGGAGUUGGUGUGUUACCAGAUGGUCCUCUGAUUGCCUCUGUUGGAGGGACAUUAAUGUUCACAACAAACUUGAAUCCAACAGAAACACCAUUUUCAUUGGUCAACUGGCAGGUUGAUAAUGGUUCAGGACUAGAACUCAUAAUUAUAUCACAGACAACUGGAGACACAACUGCACCAGAAUAUGAAGGCAGGAUCACUCUCUUCAGAUCAACUGGAUCUCUGGAACUCAGGAAUCUGAAACUCAGUGAGAGUGGAGAGUACAUAGUAAGCAUUCAAGAUGGAAUAAAUCAAAAGACAGGACGCACCACACUGAAUGUUUAUGAACCAGUCUCCAAUGUAAAUGUCUCCCCACUAAGUUCAGACCUGAUUGAGUUCAACAGCUCUGUCAGUCUGUUCUGCUCCUCCUCUGGAUCUUCUCUCUCCUUCCUCUGGAUGAAAGACGGCUCUGAGGUCACAGCCAGUGACAGAGUUCAAAUCAACACAAAUGAAGAAAACUCCAAUCUGACUAUAAUUAAUGUGACCCGAAAUGACCAGGGAUCAUACACCUGCCAUGUAUCUAAUCUUGUCAGUUCUGUCAUCAGUGAUCCAGUAAAAAUCUCUGUUAGUUAUGGUCCAGAUAAUGUACAAAUAGAAGUGUAUCCAUCUAAGGAACAUUAUGAGAAAGGAUCAGACAUUAAUCUGACCUGCUCUGCUGACUCAUCACCUUCUGCUGAAUAUCAGUGGUUUCUGAAUGGAGAAAAUCUGACCAGUAGUGGUCCAUUGCUCAGACUGAUGAAUAUCCAGAUGAAUCAGAGUGGAAACUACAGCUGUCAGGCCUUUAAUAGCAAAACUCUUCAAUAUCAAACAUCUGAACCUUCGCCUAUCUUUGUUCAUGAGAGAGUCUCUAAUGUAAAGGUUACUCCAGACGUUACCCACUUGAUUGAGUUCAGUGGGUCUGUCAGCUUCUCCUGCUCCUCCUCUGGAUCUUCUCUCUCCUUCUCCUGGAUGAACAGCAGCUCUGAUAUUUCAGCCAGUGACAGAGUUCAGAUCACUGAUGGAGGAUCCAAGCUGACUAUAGUCAAUGUGACCAGAUAUGAUGAUGGAUCUUACAGCUGUAAUGUGUCCAAUCCUGUCAGCAGUGCCAACAGUGAUCCUGUAAACGUCUCUGUCAGCUAUGGUCCAGAGAAAGUCAACUUAGAAGCACCUUCUCAAAAAUAUCCAGAAGGGUCAAACAUCCAUCUGUCUUGUUCAGCUGAGUCCAGACCUAAUGCCACUUUUGAUUGGUUCUUUAAUGGAAACCUGUCCGGUUCUGGAUCUGAGCUCAAACUCACCAAUGUUCAAAAGAAUCAGAGUGGAAACUACAGCUGUAGGGCCUUUAAUAACAUAACCUCAAGAUACCAAACAUCUCAACUUUUAAAUAUCCCUAUAGAAGGUACCUCUACAGAAGGAAACAGAUUAUCCGCUGGAGCCAUUGCAGGAAUUGUAAUUGCAUGCUUAGUUUGCGCUUCUUUAAUUGUUCUUGGAGCGUACUUCAUACUUAAAAAAAAAAAUCCUUGGGGGAAAACCUCAAAUAGAAAUAUUUCAGCAGGUGGGAACAGACAAGAUAAUGGUGUAAGUAGUAAUGAGGAGCUAACCUACGCAGAUGUCAGGUUUUCUAAGAACAAGAAACCUGUUCAAGCCCAGUGGGAAUCAGACAACCCCUCAUCAACCUACGCUGACAUCAGGACCAACAGAAACUAAAGCACUCUUCACUCUGCGCUCAUGCAGCUGAAACCAAUCAGGCUGGCAGACUGGUAUUAACUAAAUCCUGCUAAAACUUGACAUUUCUUUAAGCAAAAACCAACAAUGACAGAGCUGGCUGAAACUUGAUUGUUGGUUUGCUUUAGCAAAUUUAAGCAUUAGCUUACUUCAUUCUGUCACCUUAUUGUUUAAUAAUUAACUGACUCCAGCUCUUACUGGCAACAGAAAGCAGAAGGCAGAAUAUUUCCCCCUUUUCAUUUUAUGACUUUUGUAAAUGCAAAGUGAGCAGCAAUCUUCUCUUUAUGGUUCAAUUAUUUCUUUUAGUAACAAUUUGGUCUAAAUAUGAGGUAAUGCAAGUGUUAUUCCUGAAAUGUGUAGUCUGUUCCUAGACAAAACUUAAGUUCAUACAUAUGUAGAUUCAGAGUGGAUAGACACAUAAUAGAAUCAUCAAGAUACAGAUUGUCUUGGUUCCAAUCUGAAUGUAGUGUAUCUUGUUAAUAUGUCAUUACAGCUUUGGAUAAUACUAAUCUUGUAAUAAUGCAAAUCUAAAAUGUGAAGCUUCUGCAGUUGCUAUUAUAAAGAAGCUGCAGCCACAUUCAGUUUACAUUAGAUGCCAGAUUUUGCACUGAUACAAAAGAAAUCCUCCAAUGUUUAGGGGUACAACGACACACAAAAGUCACUGUCUGAUUCAAUUUCAGUAGACAUUAAUCAAUACUUUGAGUAUUAAUAUGUGUACCAUCACAUAACAGGAAAGGUCUAGAAUGGGAAUGUUAAACAUCACUUAUCCUGUCAGGUUAUUGUAAUAGUUAACCUUUCUGGAAGCAGAAGUGCAAAUUUUAUUUUGAGAAGCUUAAGCAAGAAAAUAUUGUUUGUAAAUAUCAGAGCACUCCACUUAAGCUAAUUUGAUUAAUACAGCCAAAUGUGUGGUCAUAGUUUAGCGUGAUGUAUUCUUUGUUAUAGUUAUAGUACAGUUUUUAUACUGUGCCAACAUGAAACCACUGAAGUAACAAACUAAUUGUAGAAAGAAAAAACUUGGAUGGGCUUGACAUUCAAACCAAUGCAUGAUCAACAAAAAGAAAACAGUUUCCAAUCAUUUAAGAUGUAGGACACAGAAAUCAUGCUUUUGGAAUUUUAUCUUAUUCCUCCAAAUAUGUUUCAUGGUGUAUGUGUGUUUACUACUACUUUCUUCUUAUGUGAAAAGGGCAUUUAAGGAAAUUAUAGAAAUAUUUUCUCCUGAUUAAACAUUCUCAAACAUAUUUGAAGUUAUAUAAGCCUUUAUUCCUUGUAUGGAACAGACCUGCUGUAAAUAAAAUAGGUUGUAGAUGAUGACUGAAUACCAAGACUGAACUUUUGAAACCCUUCCAGAAACCUGAACCUCAACUCUCUUUAAAAUUCAUGGAAUAUCCAUACCAGAUGAACUUGACCAAUAUAAUUAAAAUUAAAAGAAGGAAAUGUUUGACACAGGAAUGUAAAGUUAAAUUGCCUAUUUUUAAUAGGAACAUUAAUCUUCCAGAAUUUGCUGUUGGCUUUUUCUUUGUAAACACAGUUAAUAAAAAAGCCACUGGAUUGUCUCCAGGUUUUAAGUGGACUCAAAGUCCAACAAGCUGCUGAUCAAAUCAUUAUCAGGAUUCUGAGAUCAUUUGUCACUUUUUGAAUUUAUUAGAAAUGGUUUACAAUGCAGAGCUUAAUAUGAGUUGUUGCCACCGAGAGUGUUACAACCACUGAUUGUGUAGGCACACAAUUAUUUUUUCACACAAGACCAAAUAGAGUUUCAGCUUUUUCUUCUUAAGUAAAAUUAUCAUUUGUAAACAUGUUUCUGUAUUUACUGAAGUUAUCUUUGUCUAAUAAUAAUAAUAUUUGUUCGAUGAGCUGAAGCAUUUAAGUGUAUCAAAAAAGCAAAAACAAAAUAAAUAUUUUUUCC